AACAUCGCUAAUUGUAAAUCGAAUGACAAAUCCGUGGGGCUCCAAACGCAACGGGGUAAAGAAGAUAAUAUAGAGCUGAGCUUAGAAAGCCACGGUCGUACCGUCAAACGUGGGUGGCGUGCUCGUCUCGGUCGGCUCGACUACAAGGAACCCCUGAUCAGUCCUACCGGCGAAGAAGGGAUGGAGAAGGACGAGUCGCCAGAGUCAACGGCUACGGUUGCGGUCAACUUCGGGAGGUCAAUCAUAGUACCCAGCGUGCAGGAGCUGGCGAGGAAGCCCAUCGUCAACCUCCCGCCCCGAUACGUGCGCUGCUCCGAUGAUGAGGACCCUGUCUCCGGCGAUGCUUCUGAGUCCGUCCCCGUCGUCGACGUUCAACGCUUGGCUCGCGGAGAUCCGGUCGAGCUGGAGAAAUUGCACUUCGCUUGCAAAGACUGGGGAUUCUUCCAGGUUGUAAAUCAUGGAGUUAGCGUGCUGUUGCUGGAGGAAUUCAAACGGGAAAUCAAGAGUUUCUUCGACCUUCCUUAUGAAGAAAAGCAAAAGCUGUGGCAGCAACCGGAGAACCAUGAAGGGUUUGGGCAGCUCCUCGUGGUGUCGGAGGAGCAGAAGCUAGACUGGUCGGACAUGUUCUACAUAACCACCCUGCCACUUGGUCUGCGGAAGGCCGAUCUAUUUGAGAAGCUCCCUGAGAAUCUCAGGAACAAGUUAGAAGAGUAUUCGUUGGAAGUGAAAAAGUUAGCCCUAUUGAUCUUAGGUCACAUGGCGAGAGCUCUGAAGAUGGAAGCCGAGGAGAUCAGAGAAAUGUUCGGUGACGGUGUUCAAUCCAUGAGGAUGAAUUACUAUCCUCCAUGUCCAGAGCCAGACAUGACCAUUGGUUUCACUCCUCACUCUGAUGCUGUUGCGCUGACGAUCCUUUUUCAGCUCAAUGAAACAGUAGGCUUGCAAAUCAAAAGGGAAGGGAGAUGGGUACCCGUAAAACCGCUUCAUAAUGCCUUUGUUGUCAACAUUGGUGACAUUAUGGAGAUUUUCAGCAAUGGCAUAUAUCGGAGCAUUGAGCAUCGGGCCACCGUGAAUUCCACUAAAGAGAGGCUCUCUGUAGCCACAUUUUACAGUUGCAGGCUAGAUACUGUCUUGGGACCGGCACCUAGCCUUAUUAGCUGCGAUAACCCCGCCAUUUUCCGACGAGUCCCUUUGGAGGCAUAUUUCAAGGAAUUUUUCAGUCGGAAAUUGAAUGGAAAGUCAUACCUAGAUUUCAUGAGAAUUGCUGGUGCAUUGUAGGAUAUAAAAGGUUUUCAUAUCUGGGGACGUCAGCAAAUAUUGUAUGUAGCAUGUGGUAAUGAUAGGUACAGAAUGUACAACCAUACAGCCGAUAGUGUGGUGGAAAUACUGUUUGAAAUUGUAAAAUAGUGAAGUACAAAGAAGAUGAGCUUGUCGAAGUUGGUUAAUGUUUUAUUUUGCUGUCAUUCAGCACUUUCUUCAGUAUGUGCACUAUCAGAGAGCAAGUGUUCGUCCCUCUGUUAUCUUUUC